AUGAUGCAGAAGCUGUCCAUGAUGAUACGGGUCGCAGUUAGAGAAUUUGAUGUCAACUCAACUUAUGUACUCCCAAUCAUCCAGGGGGGACCAAACCCUGAGUUUAAUGUUGCGCUGGCCCAAGUUAUUGAGCAGUGUCGCAACAACAGCGUUCCCAAGACCACCAUCGACCACGCCAUCAAGGGAGCCGAGAAGUCCAAGACAGGUAGUCAGCACCUGUAUGAGGUGAGGGGUCCAGGCGGCUUCAUGGCCCUGGUGGAGAUUCUAACCGAAAACAACAAACGCUCCAACCAAGAGAUCCGAUACCUCCUCAACAAGCAUGGGGGGGCAGUGUGUGAUGGGGCACGCCACAGCUUUAGCAAGAAGGGUGUCGUCAUGGCAGCCAGGGGGGACAUGUCUUCGGAACAGGCGCUAGAGUUAGCCAUUGAGGCAGGAGCUGAGGAUGUGCAGGAGACAGAGGAUGAGGAGGAGAGGGCCAUGCUACAGUUCAUUUGUGGCAUGACUGAGAUGCGGGGGGUGCGUGAGGCGCUGGAGAAGCUGGGCGUUGCCACGGUGUCAUCGGGGCUGGAGUACGUCGCCACAGCGGCAGUGCCACUGGCCGAGGAUCAACUCCGAGAUGCCCACAUCUUGCUGGAGGCGCUAAAGGACUAUCCCGACGUGGUGCGGGUCUGGGACAACAUCCAGGCCCAGGACUAAUAACACCCCCCCCCCCCCCCAUCCCUCCUCCCUCUCUCUUUCUCUCUCAGUCUCUGUGAGGGGAGGGCAGAGAUGGACAGUGGUAGACAGACAGAUGGACAGAGAAAGGGAGAGUGUUUGUCAUUUUGGAUUUCAAGAAUUCUGAAUUCAGUUCCAGAAUGAUCCAGAUGUGCAGAACAGAGCCAUGCAGAGAAUGGCUCUGGUGCAGACCAAAGAUUUUAGAAGCUUAGGUGCUGCAGACAGGACAAUUUUCUGGAAUGUGGAACCCUGGAGGAAAUCUGUUCUGUGAAGCUGAAGGCUGAUGACUGAGACCAGAGGAAUGAAACAUCAUAUCACUAAUUUAUCAGGAACCGGAGCCAUCCUAUUGUCACAUGUGUGAGUUGUGGGAAUGGUGUGCUUCUCUGACUGUGAGUGUGAAUAGGAGUGAGAAUGAAAGUGUGAGAAAAAGACUGUUUGCAACCUGCUUGUAUUCAAUCUGUGUUCUCAAAUAAAAUGAAAUAAAUGUU